UCUAUAGCACCUACAACAGUCACGUUAAGAAAGAGAAGAAGGCCGUAUUCCAAAUUUCAAAUUGCUGAAUUAGAACGGGAAUAUAAUGGUUCCACUUAUGUCUCAAAAUCUCGCCGGUGGGAACUUUCCCAACUAAUCAACCUAUCAGAGCGUCAAAUUAAAAUCUGGUUUCAGAAUCGACGAAUCAAGGCGAAGAAAAUA